UCCUUCCUAGAACCCGCCUUAGGAGCCAAGCAAAGAAGAGAAUGAGAGAAUGAGAGGGAAAGAACGACGCAUUGACUACCUUAAAGGUGUCUGUUUUCGCCUUAAUAUCCGAGAGAGUCUGAUGUAUGUAUCUAUGUAUGUAUGUAUUUGUAUACAACCGGAGUUGUUACAUUGUUAGUUUCUCGUCGGUGGCUUGUGUCGGUGUUCCCGUCGCUUCUUCGCGUGCCUCGAUCUACCACCCGUCCUCUCAUGACUCAUCCUCUCUCUUGAUUUCGUCCAGCUUGAACUCCUCUUUCUUUCUCUCUCUUUCUACGCUGUUAUGAAGUUCGCCGUGAUUUGGUGAAUCUGGAGACAAUUUGAGGUCAAAGCAAGAUUUGGAUUGUAAUUUGAAUGGAGAAUGGUGAUAACAGGAAGUUCGCUUUUCCUUUGACUAGCCUGCAAAUCGGAGACUUGCAGUCUUACCAUUCUGAUCUUAGACUUUUUCUGGCCCCUGAAAGUUACAAAUUAUAUAUCUUGGUGGACAACCGGCCAUGGUUGAGCGAGCUUGGUUCUCGGCCUUCACACUUAUGGCAAUUGAUGGUUACCAAGUCCAGGUUAUCUCCUUUUGCAAACACCAAGGGGCGGAGAGAGAAAAAAGAGGAAAAGAAAACUUGUUCACCAUCCAAUGCCACCAAAUCAAAGAAGUUUGGCCGAUGGUUCUCAUUAAUUAAUGCGGCCACCUUAUCCCAGAAAAGGGUCUUGUUACCUGUGAAAAAAUUACGAAAUUCUUCAUUCUUGUCCAUCGACUUGCAUAGGACUUUGUAUGGUUUUAUUGUCUUUGAGGUUACAUGGAGCAAUGUUCGAGGCAUAAACUACUUGAAUGAACUUCAGUGUGAUACAUCUCUUGCUAUUGAGACAAAGUUUAUGCAAAGAUGGGAAUUUGAUAGCAUAUCUCAAGCUGCUAGUUGCAUUUCCUCGUGGUUUUCAGGAACGUGCUCCGAGCAGCUUCAGCUGAAAGAGUAUCUUAAUUCUGCCAUAGGAGAGGUCUUUCAUGAUGCUGAAGAAGAUUUUCCAAGGACCAUCCAUAUUGGUGGUGAUGAUGAUGAAACUAUUUCUAGUAAUAGCCUGUGGGUUGGAAAUGAUUCAGCGCAUUGCAUUGGUAGCUGUUUUAGUACAUACCCUGCAACCUUGGAAGAUGAAGAAUGUCUGCCGCAUACACCUCCUCCUACUGGGCCUUAUAAAAGGAGGAGAGUAACCAGGUCCACUAGUUGUGGAGUUGAAGUUGAUUUUUACUCUGAGGAAAUGGAAGGCCCAUUUGACAGAUCCGAUACUUGUAGCAGUGAUUAUGAGCACAUAGUGGAACCUACUCGAUACAGGGAUGUCUUGAUUUUGUUUAGAUUCGAUGAUCGUGACCUUCCAUUCAUGUUGAAGAAAAUUAUAAUGUCUGAUCUGCGAUUACUUACUUUGUUAGAGGCUGGACUUCCUUCUUGGGUUAUCUUUCUCCAGUCAUACCCUGGGUUUUGCCAUCUCUAUCGCCCUUGGAUGUGCCCACUAGCAAGAGCUCUAUAUGUGCUGAUCUCGAUCGUCACUGUCUUAAUAGGAUUCUACGAUCUAUACAAAAAUGUUCCUGUUCUUAAGGCUACUGCAUCUCGUUUGUUUGGGCCACUUUUUGAUUGGAUCGAGACAUGGGAGAUGGUUUCAAGGAUCAAGUACUUGGGAACAAUGUUAUUUCUGCAUAAUUUUGAGAAGGCCGUCACGUGGAUUUUAACUCUCACGCGCACCUCUCGAUCAUUUUUUUCUGUUUUAACUCAACCACUAUCGGGACCCCUAAUGGAGUUUUUAGGCUUCCUUCUUCCGCUCUGGAAUGUGUUUGUUGAAACAACUUCAAGCCUAUCUUCCAUGGUUUGGAUUCUUAUUGGGUCUUCUUGCAGUCUGGUGGGGGAUUUAGUUGAAGUGAUAAUGUGGCCCAUAUGCUUUGCCUUCUCAGUUGGCUGGAAUAUCGCAACUUCCAUAUUAUAUCCUAUAUUUUAUAUCCUUUGGGAAAUGCUAUAUGCCCCGAUACGCAUUAUCCUCGCCGCUGCUAGUCUUGUGUCGUUUCUUAUUGGAUCCAUAGCUGAACUGGUUGGAGAUAUCUUGCUCUCUGCUGGUAGCAUAUUCCAGUUCGCUUCAAAUUCUGGAGCAACAGUUAGCAAAGUCAAAGUUUCCAUGUGGCGCUCACUCUGGAAUGAUCUUUUUUCCCAGGUAUUUCGUGCUACCCGGAGUAUAUUGAAUGGUUUUGUUGCCUUCUUUGCUGCCUGCAAUCGGCACCGCCUUAGCAUUUAUAAUCAUUUACAGGAGUUUGUUCGGAGACUAGUAGGACGAAUGCAAAUAUCACAUCCCUCUGAUUCUAGGCAUAGUGGACCAGCGCAUGGAACUCAAACCAUGUUUGAAGUGAGAAGGAAGGUACAUAUUAGCUAACGUGCUACCAUUUCUUUUAAGGCUAACAGAAACAAGAAGAGGAUUAUAAUGUUCGGGGGAGCCUGUUUAUAACAUGAGACGUCCAACUUUUUGACCAAAACCAGAGGAACGUUGCAUCUUUUUUCUGCUUUUCUAAAUCAAGGGUUUCUAUGGGAAUGCACAGCUUCAUUAUUUUAUUCUUUCCACUAAUUUUUUAUUUAUAUAAAUGUACUUUUAAGGCUAACAAAUAUACAGUUUAGACUUUAGAGGAUGUAUAUGACAGCUUGUAUAUCUUUAAUAAGAAAAAAAUGUUUUGGGAUCUCA